AUGGCUGUGGCUGGUAAGGUAGAAGACUGGAAAAGUGGAAGGAGACCCGCGACAGAGAAGUCCCUUAAUUUGGCCAACAUGACCAGAGUCCAGGAGUUUAUCUUGUUGGGUUUGUCCACAAGCCAAGACAUAAGGGAUGCCCUGUUUGCCAUCUUCCUGAUCCUCUAUCUGUUGACCCUCUUGGAGAACACGCUCAUCAUCUACCUCAUCUGCAGUCACAGUGAGCUCCACAAACCCAUGUACUUCUUCCUGGGCAAUCUGAGCUGUCUGGAGAUGUGCUAUGUGUCAGUGACCAUGCCCAGCCUGCUUGUGGGACUGUGGACUGGACCCUACCAAACUUCCUUCACAGCCUGCAUGACCCAACUCUUCUUCUUCAUUGUCCUAAUUGGCACUGAGUGCACUCUCCUGGCUUCCAUGGCCUAUGACCGCUAUGUGGCCAUCUGCCGCCCACUCCACUACCAGCUGCUCAUGCGGCCCCAGGUCUGCCUGGGCUUGGCCUUGUCUUCAUGGUUUGGUGGUCUUCUGGUCUCGGUGGCCAAGACCACAUGCAUUGCCAGCCUCUCUUACUGUGGUCCCAAUGUCCUCAACCAAUUUUUCUGUGAUGUCUCACCUUUGCUCAGCCUGUCCUGCACCCAUGUGGCCCUGACAGAGCUAGUGGACUUCAUCUCUGCCAUUGUCAUCUUCUGUGGUACACUGCUAGUAGCCUUGGCCACGUAUUCAGCCAUUGGGGUGGCCGUGCUCCGCAUGCCAUCAGCCGCAGCCCGCCAUAAAGCUUUCUCUACCUGUGCC